AGAAAAAGGAGGAAGCGGUGCCCGGCUGCAGGCGAAAGCGGAGCAGCAGCCCCGGCGCAGAGCAAGGUGCCGCCUCUGCCCAGCUGGCGAGGGCGGAGAGGCGCCCGCGAAGCCCCGGCCGCAGCCGCCCCAACCCGGCAGCGCGGCGGCUCCCUCCCGGCGCCUUGGGCUCCCGGGUAUAUGUGCGCGCCUGGCCAUGUCGUAUCCUCAGGGUUACUUGUACCAGCCGUCAGCGUCUUUGGCUCUCUAUUCCUGCCCGGCGUACAGCACCAGCGUGAUCUCCGGACCCAGGACCGAUGAACUUGGGAGAUCUUCUUCGGGCUCCGCUUUUUCCCCUUAUGCCGGAUCUACCGCCUUUACCGCCCCUUCCCCGGGUUACAACUCCCACCUCCAGUACGGCACCGACCCGGCCGCCGCCGCCGCCGCCGCCUUCACUUCCUACGUGGGCUCGCCCUACGACCACACGCCGGGCAUGGCCGGUUCCCUGGGGUACCACCCGUACGCGGCGCCGCUCGGCUCCUACCCCUACGGGGACCCCGCGUACCGCAAGAACGCGACGCGGGACGCCACGGCCACCCUCAAGGCCUGGCUCAACGAGCACCGGAAAAAUCCCUACCCCACCAAGGGCGAGAAGAUCAUGCUGGCCAUCAUCACCAAAAUGACCCUCACCCAGGUCUCCACCUGGUUCGCCAACGCGCGGCGGCGGCUCAAGAAGGAGAACAAAAUGACCUGGACCCCACGAAACCGCAGCGAGGACGAGGAGGAAGAGGAGAACAUCGACCUGGAGAAAAACGACGAGGACGAGCCCCAGAAACUGGAGGAGAAGGGGGACCCCGGGACUCCGGACACAGGAGCGGCGGAUCCCAAGGCAGCGCCGGGCUGCGAGCGCCUCCAGGAGUCCCCCGGUCCCCGGGAGGCCGAGAGCGGCCUCAGCGACUCGGAUUGCAAAGAGCUAGCGGAGGAGCGGCUCGACGGGCCGCCCGUCCCCCUCAAGGCGCCCGGCGCUUCCCCGCUGGGACCGUGUCCGGCGGGCCGCGGGCCUGUUGCUGUGGACUGUCGCGCUCGCCGGCCGCGCAGUGCCCCUUCCCCAACGGGGCGGUCCUGCCCCGGCCGCUCUACUACACGGCGCCCUUCUACCCCGGCUACACGAACUACGGCUCCUUCGGGGCCCUGCACGGGCACCCCGCCGGCGGGCCCGCCGCCGCCGCCCCCGGCGCCCACUUCAAUGGAUUAA